AUGCCCUACCAUGGGGCUUCCGCUUCGAUAGCUCCUCAGCGCAGGACGUCUCUCUUCAUUCCAAGUCGACCGAAAACGGCUUAUGAGGGCUCAACAGGGGUUGAGGAAUCUCUCCGAAGGCCUGCCACUCGGAGGUCUUUCAUGAUGACCUCGGCGACCCACGAUGUGCUGGAUUGGGGUUCUUUCAAUCGGAAUCAAGAGGAAGCUGGCGAAGGAAACAAUAGUCCUGAGUUUAUCGAUCCGUUUGCAAAGUUCUCUGGAGAACCUCAUACUCUCGAGCCCUCACGGCCGCGACGAUACUCGACUUUUACUCAGUCCGUUAAGCACAGCAUCUCCGAGAUCCGUUCUCUCACGAGACGAAUGUCGCUUACAGUUCGGGGGAGGAGUUCUAAGCAAAAGGAGGAAGUGGCAGAGAAUAAGGGACCACAAGUGUUGCCACUGAAGCCAGGCGUGGGCAUGAUGGAUUUGGUCGAGGCCAUUCCCACCAGACCAAGGUCUCGUGGACGCUUGUUGCGAAACCCUAGUGCUCGGAGGAGACCCUCUCUGCCGUUAUUGAACCUCUACACUUCCCCCGAGCUUCAAGCAGACCUGGAAAACCCAAUAUCUGUGCGAUUCCGAGGACCGCCCGUCCUGUCGGAUCUAGUGCACGGAGGCGCAGAAGCUCGUGCUUCAGCUGCAGCUCAGAACGAGUUGUUCCAUGCCACGAGGACCCCCCCUCUACCUCCAUAUGAGCCUCCUGAGUCAGAACUUGAAAAGCCUGAGCCCGACGCAGAAAGUGGGAUUGGUAUUGUGUUGGACAGCCGCGCCCGGCGCGGGUCUUCGCCCGCAAAUGUCCAUGUCAUUUGCAGAGACCCUGCCUCUGUUCUUGCGACGGAGUUGGUGGAAUCGAUCCUCUCAUUCCUUGAUGUGGAGUCGCUUGUCCAGGCUUCACUCGUUUCCCACAAAUGGCACGACCUUUGUCAGUCACAAGCUGUCUGGAGGGGAGUCUUUCUGCAAGAGUAUGGGCCCAAAAACGAGUUGCCAGGCGCUGGCGUACGUCUUGCCGGAAUCGGUAAAAACAAGCCCGGGCAAGAUUACAGGAAGCUCCUCGAGGUGCGGACUCUGAUUGACAAGCGGUGGCGCAACGGAGAAGCCGCCGCAAUCUAUUUGAACGGCCAUAAAGACAGUGUUUAUUGCGCGCAAUUCGAUGAACAGAAGAUCAUCACCGGGUCGCGCGAUAACACGAUUCGUGUAUGGGAUGCCCAUACCUACCAGUGUAUCCGCAAAUUAGGGCCUCCAAACAAUCCCCGAGAACGACAGUCGGUCCAGAGCCCCCCAGCGGAACCAGAAGGGGUCGUUCCGUUCUUCAAAGCUUACGUUUCCUCACCGGCGCCACCCUCACCGGAGAUUCCCAUGUACCACCAGGCAUCGGUGCUAUGCCUGCAGUACGACGACGAGAUCCUUGUGACAGGGUCUUCGGAUUUCUCCUGCCUAGUGUGGUCGAUCAAGGAGGACUAUAAACCGAUGUUCCGACUGAUCGGCCACCACGCUGGGGUCCUUGAUGUUUGUAUUGACAAGGAGCGGAUUGUGACUUGCUCCAAGGACACUACGAUCAAAAUCUGGGAGCGUUCGACUGGUAAACUGGUCAAAACGCUUCUCGGACAUCGUGGGCCUGUCAAUGCCGUCCAAGUCCGAGGGAAUUUUUUGGCUAGCGCUAGCGGCGACGGCAUGUCCAAGUUGUGGCGUCUGGAAGACGGGGUCUGCAUCAAGGAGUUCCAGUCUAAAGAUCGAGGCCUUGCUUGCGUGGAAUUCUCAGAGAAUGGUCGAACGAUCUUUGCGGGCGGCAAUGACCGGGUCAUCUACGAGUACGACACAGUCACUGGCCAACGGAUCCGCGAGAUGAAAGGGCACAAAGAUCUGGUGCGGUCGCUCCAUCUCGACUCGGCCAACUCGCGCAUCAUCAGCGGCAGCUACGACCAUUCGAUCAAGGUGUGGGAUGCAGAGAAGGGUGAGUCGGCCGAGGACGGCGGGCUCAAGAUCAAUUUUGAGGGGUGGUCGUCAAGUUGGAUACUGGCGGCGAAGAGCGAUUACCGCAAGAUUGUCUGCACGAGCCAAGAUGCACGGGUGGUUAUCAUUGACUUUGGGUACGGCAUUGACGGAGUUGAAUUGGUCGAGUCAUGA